ACGUCGGAUCUUCACAGUCUAAAAUCGAAAAAAAAAAUUAUUGUUUUGAAGUUUUCCCAAAUUUUGCUCCAUUUUUCGUUUUUUCCAAUCUAAAACUAAAUCGAAAAUAUUGCAGGAGUUAGGCUAGUACAACAAAGUUCGUGCUUCUUAAUGUAAGCUUUAUUUAGAUAUACUGUUUAAAUGUGAUUAACUCUUGUCAUAUUGCAGCACUGAAUAAUUAAUUCUUAGGCAAUCUAAAACUUCAAUUUUAACCCAAAGAUGAUUAAAAGAACACCUCAAAAGCAAAAAAUGAACAAAUCGAAUAGUUCUCAUGAUGAUGUUCAAUAUCACCGAAUGACAGCCCAAAAUGAUGGAUUUGUGGACAUGCAGUUUGAAAGAAGUUCCCCUCAAAAGAUUCCUUGGAAAGCCAUUCUAUUGGCAUUUGCACUUUUUCUCGGUGGUACUUUGUUUCUCAUCCUUGGAUCACUGUUGGUGUCUGGACAUAUUGACUCAAAGUAUGGAGAUCGCACAUGGCCAUUGAUAAUUAUUGGACUAAUUAUGUUCAUCCCAGGAGUGUACCACGUACGGAUUGCCUUUCUCGCGUAUACUGGAUAUGAAGGGUUUUCUUUCGAAGACAUUCCUGAAUUUAAUUAAUUCUUUGUUCACGUCCGAAUCUAAGAAACAUUUGUGUUUCUUGUCCCACAUGUCUAUAACUUGAAGUGUCCUCUUAAUAAGUAUUUUCCUAGUCUAAAAAAUAUUUUGUUACUUUAUCGUGGUGCCGCGCAAUAUAGAAUGAUAAUCUAA